UGCAAGAAAGUGUGCAAGGUGAUGGCGUGGGGAGGGCGGAACUAGUGUGCAGGCGGAACAUGAACCAAACAAGCGAAAAGAGAGGGAAAUUUAAACUGUGGGGACCUUCUGUCAAAAGCAGUUGCUUUAGCGCGAAACGGCAAUUACAGAUAUCAAUCAGCAGUUUUAAAUAGAGACGCACGGUCCGAACGAGGAUAACUCCUAGUAAUGGUACAGAAUGGAGUUGAGCCACGACCAGCUUUCAGACUCCCCCUCCAAGAAUAGCUAUAUAGGGAGCUACUACCAGCCUCCGGACAAGAUACUGGCAAUCCCAAAAGAAGCGCAGCUGUCCCCCAAAGGCGCAGAGCACCUGAUCGACAGACCUGGACUCCAAUCGACUAAACAGAGCAGCCAGGGUGUCGUGGAUGCACUCAGGACCCUUCAGGAGAAAAUAAAACGCCUGGAGCAGGAACGGCUACAAGCAGAGAAGAGCCAUCCGCAAUUUUCACACGAUGCGGGGAAGCAUGAGCCCGCUGCGAUGUCAGCGAGCCUGGUUGUGACAGAGGGCGAUAACAGGAAAGAGCUGGACGCUAAGCUGCAGUCUGCCGAGUCUCGCUGUAAAAUGCUUGAGAAGCAGCUAAACUACAUGAGGAGGAUGGUGGACAGCGCCAGGAAGGACAAGGACGCACCGGCGGACAAUCAGCAGAAGCAAGAGAAGCAGCCAAGCAACCCAGACGAGCAAAUUCACCACGAAAAGCUGCAGAAACUUGAAUCAGAGUGUAUCAAAUUGAGCAGAACUCAAAAUCUGUCAGAGAUGAAGCUUGCCGUUCUGGAGCAGAGGCUUCUGAAGGAGGAGCAUGAGCGUAAACUCGUGCAGGAGAAAGCAGGCCAGCUGCAGCGAGAGUUGGACCUCAAUCUUAGACUGUCUUCUCCACCCGCUGCCCAGCAGACUAAGCCAACGAAGACCCCCCAAAAGCCCAUGCUGAAAUCCCCCCGACCGAAUGAGAGUGCGUCACUGAAGCACAAAAGGAUUCCCUUUGUGGCAGGAAUGUCGACCAACCCGAGCCACUCGGUGCACGCCAACGUGCAGAGCAUCUUGCACAUGAUGAAGCACCACCAGCCUCAGCUGUGCGAGCGGGUGAGCGCCCUGCACCGUACGGGCUGCGGUGCCAGGAAGAGCCUGCGCAUGGACGCCCAGCCGGCGGCCAGGCGAGACGGGGAGGCGGAGCCCGACGCGCAGUCGCUGGGCUCGCUGUCAGACCUUCUGCUGGCCCUGCAAGACGAGCUGGGACAGAUGGGCUUUGAACAUCAGGAGCUGAUGCGUCAGAUCGAUGCCACUCAGCAUAUGGAGCAGAGGCACGAACUGCAGAGAGAACUAGAAAGUAUGGCGGCCAGGAUGGACAAAAAAGGAGCGCAGAUCACGAAACUGAGGAAACACCAGCAGUCGGUCCACAAGUUGACCCAGCAGCCACACGCCACCAACAAGAUGAGCAAGAAGCCAAGUGCCGUGCAGCCGUUGUCAACUUCUCCUGCCAGGAGCAAAAAUCAUCAUCAGGACAGGCCGAGCAGCGUAGGUCAGCAGAGCCUCCACAUCCUCAGGGAAACGCAGAAGCUACGCAACAGCCUCAAAGAAGAAGACAUCUGUUGGGAAGCUUAGUCAAGAAUGACUACGUCAAACCAGUUUACACGUUUUUAGAUCUUGUUUUUAACCAUGUCAUGUUGUAAUGAUUUAUUUUAUAUUACAUAGUGUAUAUUUGAAAUAAAGCAUAUUUUCUACAAUUUU